AUGAAGCUCCUAGCCGCGUCUUGGACACCAAGGAGAGCAGUACCCCGUUCUGCACAGUGGAGGAGGAGCUCUGGCGUGCGGCAUAAUCAGAUCGCUUCGACGCAACGAAUAUCCGACUUCUGGAUCCCUACAGUCAACGUGCAAAAGCACGAUGCCGCUCCAGAUGCUACUCAGUUGCUCAUCCGAGCUGGCUACUUGCGCCAGGCGUAUGCCGGCAUAUUCCAGAUGCUGCCCCUGGGACUGCGGGUUCAGGAAAAGCUAGAACGGCUCAUCGACAAGCACAUGAGAUCAGUCAGAGCUUCCAAAGUCUCUCUAUCAUCCAUAUCGUCGCAAGCUCUGUGGGAGAAGUCAGGACGCCUGAAGCGCGGAGGCGAAAUGUUCAUGUUCAAAGACAGGAAGGGUACGGAGUGGCUGUUGGCACCAACUCAUGAAGAAGAAAUCACCACUUUGCUCUCUGAUAUCAUUCAGACACGGCAGCAGCUUCCGGUGCGACUGUAUCAGAUUGGCCGAAAAUACCGUGAUGAGAAGCGACCUCGUGGUGGCUUACUUCGAGGCCGCGAAUUUCUGAUGAAGGACCUCUACACCUUCGACUCCUCCCCUGCUCACGCUCACGAAACAUACGACGAAAUAAGAAGCGCAUAUCGCAACUUCCUCGACGAGCUCAAGGUCAAAUACGUAGAGGCUAGAGCAGUUUCGGGCGACAUGGGAGGAAACCUCAGCCAUGAGUAUCACUUCCCCAACUUCGCUGGAGAAGAUAUCGUCAUCACAUGUUCGGAUUGCGACUAUGCACGCAAUGAAGAAUUUGUUUCGCAAGCGAUCUAUCAACCUCGACCACUUCAGAUACCCGAGGCCAGCGCCACGGAUGGCAAAUCUGGCCAAAGGUAUCUUGAAGAACACUUCCUCAGCACAGAUCGUCGGAGCCUCGUUCGCGCCAUCGUACCAUUACUUCCCACCGCCAACUCCGAGGAGAAACCUGAAACGCGAUCCAUCAAUGCACAUGCAGUCAAGGCUGCCCUAAACGGUUUGUUGGACAUAGAUACGGGGCUAGAGCAACCAAUGGAGAGUUUCAAGGAAUCUCUAGCUAGUGGCACAGCGGAUGCCUCAACAAAGAGACCAUCGGUAUAUUAUGUCCUCGACUCGCGUGUUCGUCUGGACGAGAUUGGAGACCUGAUUUCUUCUCCUCCCAUGACACGGGAGAUGGACGCUUAUGUCGUUGAGGCACCGCAGAACGACGCAAAUGGUGGGAUAAAUUUGCUGAAGCAGGAAUCCGGAGACCUUUGCCCUGAAUGCAGCAAAGGCACCUUGAGAGUGGACAAAGCCAUCGAAAUCGGCCACACUUUCCAUCUCGGAACCCGUUACAGUUCGAAACUCGGGCUCGCUGCCAGGCAGAGUGAUGGGAAAGAGGCGGUGCCAGUGGAGAUGGGCUGUCACGGCAUCGGCGUGUCUCGUCUGAUUGCAGCCGUUGCGUCUUGUCUCUCUGACGAUGUUGGUCUGAACUGGCCAAGGGCAAUUGCGCCUUUCGAAGCUGUCGUCGUCGUUCAGCCAUCACAUGCGGAGAGGUUACGCGCCGCCGAGCAGCUUUGCAACCAGUUGUCUUCUUCCCCGCUGGGCAAUCUUGAUGUCGUCCUCGAUGACAGACAAGAGCAAGGAAUGGGAUGGAAGUUGAAGGAUGCGGAUGUCAUUGGAUACCCUGUCAUCGUGGUCGUGGGCAAGGGAUUCGACCAAGGGAAAGUGGAGGUACAGUGUCGAAGGCUGAAGAUCAAACAGGAGGUCGGCGUCGACGAUGCCGUCGGGUUCGUGCAUGAUCUUUUGAAGCAGCUUUGA